AUGCCGGAUGGAAGCAUUUCAGACGUCAUGGAGAAACCGAAAAGCAGAAGAAACCGGCCCCGUGCGGAAGACAGAAUACGGAUAGCAUGCCGCCGAUGUAAUUCGAAAAAAGUCAAGUGUGACGCGGCUCCUGGAGUUCCUUGUUCAGGCUGCCAGAUUGCUCAGGUGGACUGUACCCUUAUCGAUUCAAAGCGUGGGCGGACUUUCUACGCUGGGGAUUCGUUUAGCCUGACUUAUGCCAUCCACGAUGUACUAGCCCCCUUUUUGAGUGAGAGGCUCAACUAUCAGAAGCGCCUUCACUUCCCUAUCGCCGAUGGCUUUGAUCCCUCAGACAUAGGGCGUGAGAAUAUUGUUAAUGGCCAAGUAACGCUCUUGCGUGAGAGAAACAUCCUCCAUCGACUGAGUCCAGAUGCCUUGGAGAAGAUGCUUGAUGUGUAUUUCCGAUGGUUCCAUCUAGCCUUUCCUGUGGUUAGCCAGCAAAAUUUUCUUCAGAAAUGUCUUCGCAACCAAAUGUCCUUACUGGUCCUGAAUGCACUAUUGCUAGUUGCUGCUACAAUCUGUGAUCCGGCAGAUAUAGCCUUGACUGGAUGCGAAAGCAGGCAGCAUGCCCGUGCAGUCUUUUACGCCCAAGCAAAGGCUUUGUACGAUGCCGACCUAGAUCCAGACAAAGUGAACAACGUUACAGCCGUAUUCCUGAUGAGCUUCUGGUGGAGCGGUUCGAACGACGAGAAGGAUUCGUGGCAUUGGCUAGGCAUCGCUGUGAGCCUAGCACAGAGUUUAGGGAUGCAUAGAUCAACUGCCAAAUCUCACAUGAGUGACGAAAAGUCUAAACUUUGGAGGCGCAUAUGGUGGUGUAUACGCAUCCGAGAUACGCUGACGAGUGGCUCUAUCGGUCGCCCACAGCAUAUUUCCCACAUGGACUGUGAUGUAGAGAUGCUCGAGUCUAGCGACAUGGCCAAUGAGAAUCUUCUGGGAGGUGAAGAAGAGAUGUACGCCUGUCAAAUGGCACGGCUAUCGAUAAUAUUCAGCAGAGUCGUCUCGUCACGAUACGCAGCAGUCGAGUCAGCAAGCCCAAGUCAAAAGGCACAACUUGAAAGUGAUUUGGAGAACUUUCGACUACAGGUUCCAGCUGUAUUACAAUACAAAGGCGUCCAUGGUGAGACCGGUCGAGGCUUGUGGUCUGCAAUGCUUCUCAUGGCUUACAACUUUGGUGUGAUCCUUCUUUAUCGACCCACAAGUGCUAGAGGCGACACCAAUGCUUCAAACUUCUGGGGAGAUCGGCCGAAAGCUAUGGCUGCUGCCAAUGAAGUUACAAGAGUAAUGGAAGAUAUCCUUUCUUCCUCUCUCGUCCGCCUCUGCCAAAUUCAUACUAUUCCUGCCCUCUUCAAUUCCUUGUCUAUGCAUGUCUUCUCACUUUGUACAUCAGGAACCAUCGGGAGAGAGCUUGCUGAGAACCGGGCAAGAACAUGCAUGCUUGGCUUGACUUGUCUUCAGGAAUCAUGGCCCGUUAGCGGCUGGAUCCUGAAACUAUUCGUCGACAUUAUUGAACGGCUUCGUCAAGUGAACUUUUUCGACUUGUUAGAAGUUCCGAACUAUGAUACUAUUGAUGGAAGAUCUUACUAG